GGUAUACCGGUCUGCAAAUUCUAGAGUUCAAAUUUAAAAAUAGCCGAUGAGUCUGUUUAUUUCAUCUGCCCGUUAUUUGACACCAGCUGGUUAUUCCUAUACGUGCGCUCACUAGUCUCUUCCCAUGUUACAGCUCUGUUUGCCUUCUCCUCUGGCGGUUAUAUCCGUACAUUUUUUACCUUCUGCAUUCCUGCUUGAUUCGUUUCACCUGAACUGGGUGCCGUCUCCAGGUUGACUUUGUGGUCGUUUGCUUCUGACGAUUGCACUGGACAGCUACCUACUUUGGAUCUCCCCCCUGCGAAAUAACGGAGCUCGUGUCUUUUCCACAGCUGACCUGCUCACAUGACAGUGCGGGAAUUUACUGGUGAAUCUGCUCUCUCCACGGCAACCCAUACACCCUAGUCCCAUGAUGGAAUAUAGAAACGGAAGAAAGGAAGAAAAGCUGUAUCACCUUCUGAAAGGUGUGCUGCUUGAAGGUAAGAGGGUGUAAGAUAGCCAGCUGAGAGACAGAUUGAAACAGCUGGCCUUGCAGAAACAAACCCUCAUUUACAAUGAGCUUUGUGGAUAAGCGCCACCGGAUUGGUCGAGGAAGCAUGCAGGGACAGUGCAGGUAUGCUGACAUUACCAGCGACACAUCCAGUGCAGGGGGCUUCAUGGAUGAGACAGACCGAGAGGUCAGCAGCCUUACUGACCGUGCAUUCAGAAGCCUUUGCAUUGGAGAGGAGGCCAUCUACAAUGACUCUGAGCUCACCUCCCCAGCUGAGCGGCACAAAGCCUUUGCAGAGGAGACCGUGGCUGUUCAAGAGAUGUGCUCAGUGGGUGAUGGGUGGGGAAAGGCAGAAGGGAAGCCAGCCCUUGCAACAACAUUCCAGUAUUCAUCUGUACAGAAGGGCAGGCAGGAGCACAUCCUCCAGAAUAGAUCCUGCCUGAGCAAUGGUGCGAUUGAAGGCACCUGGCAGCAAAGGAGGAGCAGAUCAAGAGUGUCAUCCCUCAUCCAGGCUUUCAGCUCAACAGGCGCAGGUCAUGGGAUCACCCCACUCCAAGAUGGACGCCAUAGUACUGGAACUGGGACAUUGGUAAUGGACAGUGAGCCCUGGAACAGGUCAGGUCUGUCAAGCUUUCACAAUGAAUUGUCAGGACUCCCUGCUACUCAGUUUCAAGACACCUGCUUGGCUGGAAACUACUUCUAUUCUUCCAGCACAGAUCCCGCUGUUACAACUCCGAAAAGCAAAACCAGCACAUCUAGAUUCCGAAAGCUCAGUUCCACCAACUUUUUUCUCCACAGUGAGUUCAGCCCAUUCCAGACCUGGAAGGAAUACAGUAAAUUCCAGUGCCAGCAGGACUCCGUUGUCAACCCUAUCGCACACACUGGUGUUCCCCGGUGGUAUGACUCCCCACUUUACAAGGAGUUGACUGCAGCUAACACAACGCAAGUCACUCUACCUGAGGAGAAAAAAUACUACCAGAAACAAAAUGAAAGCAGAAUACCGUCAGAACCCCCAAUAUCAAGUGUUCUCCAAAAGGCCUUGGCUAUUGAGAAACGGUGUGAGUCAGAGAUGAUGUCCAACUGUCCACCCUGGAGAAGAAACAGGACCCUGCCGAACGACCAACUCCCAAUGAAUCGACCCUGCACAGUCUCACCUUGCAGUGACAAACUCAGACAUGAGGAUGAAGCCUUGCUUUCUGCAUGCCGUGCAUCUGUCAUCUACCACAAGGUCCACACCUUAGUGGAUGAGACGGCCAACAGUUCAGCCUCUUUCAACAUAUCUCAACUACUGACACCUGUUAUACAUCCAAGGCAGGAAACAGAAACCUCUGAGAUUCUGCAAUAUGAAUGUUCUCCUUCACAUGACCCCCUGAUCCCGAAGGACACAGACCCAAGAAUGCAACAUGAAGUCAAACAACGGGACAAUUACAAAGCCAUGGCGUCGAGUUUGCUUUUCAACCUCAAAGACAACAGGAAGAGAGUGAAGAGCACAUACAGUCCCACAAAGUUCAAAAGCCUGGAGAUAACUGACCGUAGCAAGCAGCCCUCUAAGCAGGAAAUCAGUAGCCUCACUGAUGAAAAAUCUGUUUCUGGAGUCCAUGGGUCUGGAAAUCUGCAAGCAGGAGCAGCAAACAGCCAUUCAGGUAAUGGCCCUGUCUUGCAACCCACAAUUCAACAUACUGAUGCCAAUGUAUCCGAUGAAUACUUAACGCUAAUUUCUCCUCCAACUGCUAAAGAAGCACCUCAUGAUGGCAGUUUCAGCAAAGCGAUAAAGGGUGAAGACCAGCUCUCUGGAAGCCAAAAGAGCCAAUAUAGUAGUUCACCUUGUGUACCUUCAAAAUCCAGUGAAAUUCCGCUCAAGAACAAAUUAGGUCAGCCCACAAGGAAACAGCAGAAAACAAGCCCUGCAGAACAAGAAAUCGUGAACAUGCUCCCAAGAGAAGGAUCACUUCAUUCCAUCCCAGUAAAAGACACUGAGCAAGGAGGAACAAUUGCUGUGAAUGAAAACAAUUUCAUAAAGAGUGACAUAAUCAACAGAACAAAAAAUGUACAAAAUGAGAUGACUGGCCAAACAUUUAGCUCUGGUCACCAUAUGCAAGUAAAAAGAAAUGAUACCAAGAUGGAAGUGUUUACUUUGAAUAGUAAAGGAAAAAUGAAAACUGUAAAUUCUGUCAUGAAAGAAGAGGUUGCAGCAAGAGAAUCUGACAUCCUUUCACAUCCAGAAAUGCAAAGCAGUAGCAAUGCUUCACAAGGGGUGCUUGAAAUUAAAGAAAAAUAUGACGUGAUGACAGAACCCUACGUGAGUUUGGAUCGUAAUAAUGUUUUGCUGGGUUUGCUUCCAGUGAAACAAACAGAAAACAACACAAUUAAAGUCACAGAAACAAUAGAAAAAGGCCAUGUAAGAAAAGAAGUUCUAAAAUUUCAGUCAAAUGAGAUAUCUCAAGGUAGCCACGAAAUGCUUGCAAGAAGAAAAAACCAGCCAUUGCUGCACAGCCAAACUGAAGGAACUGCAAAUAAGGGACAUGAGCACACAUACAGAUCACCUGAGAAAAAGAAACAUGAAUAUUCUGCAAAGGAAAUGUAUACACUGCGAGAAAAUAGUCAGGCUACAAAGCAUGUAGAUAAGAUGACAGAACCUGAAGAGGCUCCAGUUGAUUCACUCUGUAAACGUGAAAGUGGCACCAAAAAACAAGAAUCAGCUAUAGAGAAAACCAUACUCCCCAGUACUGAUGGCAUCACAACUGAAGACCAUCAGCAUGGUAUUAAGCAAGGUUUAUUUUCAAAGAGAGGCAGAACAUACAAUAAGAAUGACACAAUAGACUUUAAAGAAGAGCAGUCAGAGGCUAAACAGUGCCUGCUCUACACCAGUAUGGAACAGCCUGUGUCCCAACAAGUAGGGACAGCAAAAGAGAACAGAUCUGGUAAAACUCAAACACUUCCUAGAGAAGAAUGCUCAUGGGUGAAUCAGAGCCUACAAAUAACAAAAGAAGACUCUGCACAUAUAGAGCUUGCCAGUGUAAAUAAGGAAAUGAAAGCAACAAGUGGAAAUAUGUCAGCAAUGGAGCAGGUAGUGGAAACUAAAGAUAUGAAUUCAACAUUAGAAAGUCAACAAGGAAUAAAUAAAAUGCCUGCAAACAAAACCCAUGAACAAGAAAAGAGAAAGAAGCUGUCAGUUCUAGGACUGGAAGAGAUUUGUCAGGCAGCUGUACAAAAUGAAAUUGUUAAAAAUGAGGCAGUGAAUGAAGGCAAAAGAGAUUCUUUCAACAGCAAAAUGGUCAAAAGGGAGUCCUCUGUAAUUAAAGAGACGGACAGAGUGGAGAAAGAGGCAUCAGCAACAUCAGAGAGCCAAAGUGAUGGUCAUGCCCUAUUCACAAGCAAGAGAGAUGACCAACCAAAACAUACACAUGACAAAAGAGAAGACAGGCAAAGUGGAUUUGCAAAUAAGGACAAUCCCAAAGUCAAACACAAAAAGUUUGCAUUCAAUGAAAGGGACUAUGCAAUGCAUGAAAUCCUUACAUCAAAAAUAAAAGCACAUGCUCAGAAAGAAAUAUUUGCCAUUAUGGAAAAGGGUUAUGCGAAAUGGGAAGCUAUUGCUACAAGUGAAAAAGAAUCUGGAGCCAAGAGAAGUUUGUUUGGUGGAAGAGUUAGGAGCAACGAUCAUUACGGCAAUGCUGCAGCCAAUGAGAAUAACCAUACAAAACUGGAAACAAUCCCAAGAGGGCAAGAAAAAGGGGAUGUAAAGAGAGCACCUCCAAUAAAAGAAAGAGAGCAGAAUUCCAAAGAAACCAUCGCAACAGAUGAUGAGUGUGAGGCUAAAAAUGGUCAUCCUGUAACUAAGGAUGUAGAUGAUGGAAAGAAUGAACCUACACACAUAGAGAGAACUUCUGGUGGACAGAAUGCUUUGCCAGUAAGAGAGAAUUUGUACGCUCAGGAUGUAUCAAACAUAGUCGCGGAUAUUCGGUCGGCGAAAUCACACAAUCUCACUGGAACAGAGAAAGAGGAAAGAAAUGGAAAGAAAGAACCAUCUGCAGACCCAAAGACCGCCAUCAACCAACAACAGCUUCAUUUCAACAAACAUGCAAAGGUUGAGAAUUCUGAAAUAAAUCCAAAGCACCACUUUGACACUGCACUUGAGCAAAAAGCAAAAAGCAGUCCUAGACAGUGGUCCAGAGAAAAGGAAUGCAUCAGCACCGAAAACACUUCAAUCCACAAACGUCCCGAUUCAAACAGAGAGACAGAACAUGCAGAAAGUGCUGUCCUUCAGAAUAAUACGAAACACGCACUCCGGUCUGGUAAAACUGAAUGCGAAGGUACAGAAGAAAAAAAUGAAGUGGUGAAGGCUGAUGAAGGUUGUCUGUCCAAACAGGCCACACCUACAAAAGGAAAGAGGGAAGAGGCUAGAAUGAACGAAGGGGGAAUUAGUCAGGAAGCAUAUUCAUUAAGGGAAACGGGAAGUGUUCAAAAUGGUUUUCUGAAGGUGAAAAAUGAAGGUGAUGGAACAGAUCCGAAAGAGAAAAGCAGGGAGUAUAGAAAAGGGGAAGAGUUGUCAAUCGAGAAAGCUGGAGACAAAAAGGAAAUGCUUGCAACAAUAGAGAAAGAGUUUGUUAGGAUUAAUGUGUUCGCCAUUACAAGGAACGCUGAUACCGAACUGGAUACCUGCUCAACAGAGCACAGAGAUACAGAAGAAAAACAUCAUGUUAAAGAAAAAAGACAGAGAGAACAAGAAGCAGUUGACUACCAGGAUGAUUCUGCAAAUGUUCCUCAGGUCAAAGAAGCAGAAAAACAAUCAAAACAAGUAAAAAGUGAAGCUGAAGCAAAAGAAAUCACUAGAGGGCAAUCACCAGCAAACCAGAUCCAUGCCAUAUCAGAUGCACUUGCAACAACAGAAAUGUAUGAACGAAAUAAACAGCUAGCAAAGGAACAUGGCAUUCGUGAAGUACCUGAAACAGCAAAAGAAAAUGCCAAACCACUGGUGCUCGCAGAAAAAGAUUUUUCUACACAGCCAUUUUCAGCGAGAAAUGGAAUUGUGGAAUCUUUUAGACAAGGAGACAAGCAAACUGAUAAAAAGGGGGAACCUGCAACUAAGGAAAAUAAAAAAGAAUUUAUUGGGUCAAAGGAACCUAAGAAAAUGGAGACUACUAUAGAGAACAAAUGCAUUAAUUUAAACGUAGACGCAACAAAAAAGCGUGAUGGACUAUACCCGCUUGCAAAAGAACAACAUAGUUAUCCACAAUUGCUUGAAAAUCAAAACAGGACUGAACCAGAUGCACUUGCAGAUGAAUAUGUUGAAGCUCAAACGCUUCCAUUAGAUGAAUCCUGUAAACGGGAAUCUCCUUCAAUCACUGAAAAGGACAAGGUGUUCAAACACAAUAAACGUAUUAAAGAUUCUACAUUAAAAAAUCCUAAAUCAGACAUACCCGGAGCCAAAAAACAUACUGACAUAGAGGUACCUGGAGCAAAAGAGGAAGCAAAUUUUGGGGCUAUUACAACACAUAAAUCUUGCGCACAUGCUGUUCAUGCAAGAAAUGAGAAAACUAAACCUGAACUGUCUGCAACACAAAGUCAUGGAAACACGGAAUCAAAUAAUAGAUCAGAAGACAGUUAUGCUAAAUCUGCCAUAUUUGCAGCAAAAGAAUGCAAUAAAAGCAGUAAACUCUUGUCCCCUAAAGAGCAGCUGUUGCCAAGAAAAAAUAUUACAGCUGAUGUAUUUGCAAGUAAAAACUACACUAAAUCAGAGGUAAUUGCAACAGAAAGUUGGACAAAUCCAGAUCUACUGGAAAGAAAAGAAUGGUCGAAACCAACUGUUCUUGUACAAAAAGAAACUACUGAAUCAAGUGUACCUGCAAGAAAAGAAUAUAUUGACCCAUCUGUACCUUCAACUGCUGAUCAACAUAUAACAAAAGAACAAAUUAAAUCAGAAGUGCCUGUAUUUAAAGAGGAUCAUAUUGCAGAUGUGCCUAUAACAACAGAGCCUUUAAAACACAGUACAUCUAAUGUAAAAGAAUGUGAGUGCAGUGUACCUGUUGCAAAGGAAUACAGUAAACCAGAUGUCCCCAUGACAACAGAACCUGUAAAACUCAGUGUACCUUCAGGAAAAGAGCUCAGACAAAGACUACCUGUAACAAGGGAAUAUAAGAAACCAGAUAUCCCUGUCACAACAGAAAUGUCAAAACCUACUGUACCUACACGAAAGGAAUGUACUAAACAAAGUAUACCUGUAACAAACGGAAUUAGUAAACCAGAUGUUCCCGCAACAGCAGAACUCUCUAAACCUGGUCCGCCGAUAAGAAAAGAACUUAUUACACAAAGUGGACCUUUCACAAAGGAAAACAGUAAACCAGAUGUGCCCAUAAAAUCAAAACUUGCAAAGCCUAGUGGACCUCGAGGAAAAGAACUUAAACUGAACGUACCUUUAACAAAGGAAUACAGUAAAUCUGAUGUACCUGUGACAGCAGAAGUGUCAAAACCCAGUGUACCUACAGGAAAAGAACUUAUUACAAAAAGUGUGCCUGCAACAAAGGGAAAUAAUAAACCAGAUGUGCCCAAAACAAGAGAACCUGCAAAAUCUGGUGCACCUAUGAAAGAACAUAUUAAGCAAAGUGUACCCAUAGCAAAGGAAUAUAAUAAUCGAGACAUACCUGCGAUGACAGAAACUUCAAAACUCAGUGUACCUGAAGGAAAGGAAGUUGUUAAACAUUGUGUAUCUGUAACAAAAGAAAUUCGUAAACCCGAUGAGCCUGCAACAGAACCAUCAAAACCACCUCCGUCUAUAAGAAAAGAAUUUAUUAAGCCAAGUGUACCAGUACCAAAGGAAUACAACAAACCAGAUUUAUCUGUACCAAUAGAAACUUCAAAACCUGGUCUACCAAGAGGAAAGGAACGUAUUACAAAGAGUGUGCCAAAGGAACAUGUUAAACCAAAUAUUCCGAUGGCAGGCCAUUCUAAACCACAUGUGCCUGUGAAAACAAAACAGCCUAAACAAGACAUAACUAUGAGGAAAGAGCACACUAAAGAAAGACUAGAUGUAAAUAAAGACAGUCCUAAACCAGGCCUACCGCUUCCAAGAGAAACGAAUGAAAUGGAACAGCUAUUGCCAAAGGAAUAUUUUGUUGCUGAAGAGUGUAAAGUAAAAACACCUGCUAAUUCAAAUGUACCUUUAUCAAAAGAACUUCCUACACCUGAGGUGCACAAAAGACAAGAAAACAUUAAUGACAAACCCAGAGCCUUUCCACUUAAAGGCAAUUCAAAAGGAGAAGUGAAAAAUGAACAUUUUAGCAGAAAAGAUGUUACAUUUCCACUCAGUUAUCCUGCCCAACAUCCAGAGAUGGCUUGUGAGGGCAGCGACGUCUCAUAUAAACAUGCAUUUGCAUCAAAAGAAUAUGCCAAAUCAAACAAAGAAGUGUUUACUGACAAAGAAGAAUAUGAUAAAGCAGGUAGCAUAUAUACACAGAGGUUUAAACAACAGGAGGGACUUUCACUGGAAAGAAACAAAUUCAAAGAGCAACUGAUAGCAAAUAAAGAUCAUCACUACUUUGAAAAAGACAUACCGCACAAACAAAGACACGCCAAAACUGCAGCUUCUUCUGAUAAAGGUCAAAGGGUUGUGAAUGAGAGACACAUUCUUAAACACGAAGUUCAUACAAGUUCAGAGAAAGAAAAAACUGGAAGAGCAGCAGAAUAUGAUGCAAAGCAGAAGGCUGCAAACCUGGGAGAUCGUGAGUUAAGCAGCCAUUCAUCAAUCCUACCCUUGCAGGUCAAUGGUAGGACUGAAUCUUCUGGCUACCUGGAGCAACCAGUUCAUACCGAUAUGUCCACAAAGCCUCUAGUUGAAUCAUAUUUGUCGAUGGAAGGUGCACACCAAAGUCUGAUGAAGGAGCCUAAGGUGCAUGGUGUGCUGGAGAACAUACAACAUACAUUGGAUGAGAGGUCAAGCAUCCAUGAUGGGAAGGAGACUAAUAACAAAGAAAUAGAAGUUCUGGAGUACUAUGCUCUUAGCAACUGCAAAACUGACACAGAAAGUAAAGGAGGAAGGGUAUCUUUGCUACAAACCGAUGAGAAGAUGCCAAGAAAAGGAGGGGUCCAGACAUCUGGCAGUGAGGCAGAUGAGAGCAGUUCGACCCACUACUCAGCAGACUCAGUUAAAGCUUCAAUACCUACACCUCAGUUGGACACCUUGUCACCCACAAUGGGGAAACCCACCAUGUUCAAAGUAAAAGACAACACUUUCAGGAUAUCCCCUGUAACCAAGGCAGUCAAGCCACGUUUUCACAAAACCUUUCCAGAGGACCUCCAACGUGGUUCUCCCAGCAGUUCUGAGAAAGGGGUGGAACAGCAAGAUCAACUUGCAGAACCGGCCAACUUUCCUGCUAUGCACCAUGCAGCUGUCCUUUCAAAUCGAUUCCCCCAUGCAAGAGAGCGAAUGUCUCACCAUGUCCUUUCACCCUCUGACUUCAGCACUGCCAAGGAAGGAGGCUGCUUCAGGCGGAACCCAGCUCCGGAGGAGGAUGAGUGCUGCUCGGUAGCAAGUGCUUUUUCAGAGGACGUGGAAAGCUAUGCUCCAAGUACUGUAGACAUGGCAGAUGACAGGGUAGCAAUUCUCAGGAACAUAGAGGAUGCUUCAGACAUCAGAGAUACAGGUGAGAGGCCAGAAGUCAAACUUCUUGGCAAACCACCAGUUGUUCCCCCCAAAAGUGAAAAAGCCCUCCGGCGUGCCCAGAAGCUGACAUCACGCAGGAUUAAAAAGGAUGAAGGCAAUGUCCGGCAGGAAGGGAAGAGCCAAGUGGAUCAGAAGGUAGUUCGUGCUGUGUCCAGUGUGCCAUCUUCCCCCACAGGCCUGAUGGAGUCACAUCGCCCCAUGCCUGGCCCCCUGCCCGCCCCCAGAUUCUGUAUUGAAACAGGUUACGUUGCCCCUGCCCCCAACCUUGUCCCUCAGCCCUUCCCACUAACACAAAGGAAGCUCCUGCAGGACCCCAACUCAGGCCAAUACUUUGUGGUUGACAUGCCAGUACAAGUCAAGACAAAGAUGUUUUUUGACCCUGAGACAGGGAAAUACGUUCAGCUGUCGGUCCGCCAAUCGCCAGAGGGAACUUUGUCGCCAGCCUCCUCUGUGGAGCUGCUGAACCCUCCAUACAUGUUGUACCCUGGCUUUCUGCCAAUGCACGUGCCAUCUUUGCCCCCUCUGAGGUCGUCCUCCCAGAUGUCGGCCCCUGCCGCCCUGGUGGAUGACCCCAAGAGGCCGGACAUCAGCGAACCAUGGAGACAGAAGAGUUAUCACCAGAGGACCAGCAGCGAGGUGCAGCCAUACACUGAGCCUGUGUACCAGUCACCCCAUCAGCUUCUGGAGGAGUCUUCACACGGGGAGGAUAGGAACACGGUCAGCCCCAGAAAUCUGAACAUCAUAUCCAUGAGUGAACUAGAGGACUUUGCAGUGGAGAGCACCUGACAUCCAUGAGGGGCAGAAAAAUCAAAUAUUAUCGGAUGAAGUGAAAAACUGAACAAGGUUAAUCGAAGCACACAGUAUAUAAUGUACAUAUGAACAUAAAAAGCUACAUGGAUGUGUAUCUGAGCAAUUUAUACACAAAAAGAGAGCUAUUACUUAAAAGUAAAAGUAAAAAUUAGUUUAUUGAUAGUGUAUUUUGGACAGAAAGUUCCUUCAUAAGAUAUAUGUAAAUUUGAUUUUUCAUUUGUAAUUUUUUUUUUUUUAUCUUAGCUGGGGAUUUGUGAUGAAUCCUUUCAUAAAGCAGGGCUAUUUGUUUAAACUGUGCUUAACAAGAUAUACCAUUCCAUUUGAAAGGUUCUCAUUCAGUAAUACUUUCGAGGAGUUGUCUCUUUGUUUUCUUGCGUUAUUCUAAGUCUGGUCCUUAAGGAAAAACCUAACCACUUACUGACAGUUCAAUUCCAGUGUUUCUGAAAUGGUAAGACUUGCUUUGCUUUUUUGUUUCAGAUCUUGAUUUCUCAGAAUGCUCAUGAAAAUGCUAAAAACAGCAGUAUGUUAAAAUGAUUAGUAAAACAGAAUAGAAGCAAUCUUUUUAUAAGUCUUAUUAAAUAUUGAAUUAAGAUGGUGACAGUCAUCAGUUUUCUUGAGAUUUAUUGUCAUUUCAAGCAGUAAUAUCCCUUGCGCUGUAUGUAGACUUAGGGGGACGGUGUUAGUCUUGCUGUGAUUGUUUAAGCUCACCUCCACCCCCAUAACACUGCACUGCUCUUCUCUUAUUGGUGUCAGCAAAUGUGUCUUUCAUAAGGGUCUUUUUACUCUGAACAUUGAUGUAAAAUCAAAAUACUUGUUUUAUCAAUUCAGUUGUUGGUUCAUAUAUGGGUACAAGAUGGAAUCAGAAACAACUUUUGCCUUCCAGCAAACUCUCACCGUUAUUCAAUGAAAUGCUAAAAUUUAUAAAUAUCAUAAUAACAUUAUUUACAGUUGUAUGUCAGAUUUUUGUAUUAACUGUCAAGUGUCCUCCUUUGUAAAUCUCACUCACUCCUUAUUCCUCGUUGAUCCUCAGUGACUGGUUAUAAAAGUUCUUACGUGAGGUAAUGAAAAUUAAAUAUUGCUCAGAUCAUACUGCUCUUCACAAAGACAUCAGAAAAAAAGCUUCAUUGUACAGAUUUUAAAGAAGUUACCAAUAAAAG